AUGACUUCGUCUAUUCCAGACAAGAAGCAUCAUAUGCGAAUGAUUAAUACUCUAGAAGAGUACGACUUUCUGACGGCAAUUGAUCCCGCGACACUGGAACCUUGGCAGCAAGAAUACCAGGAAGAAAGAGUCAAGGAACUCGAGCUGGAGGCUGGGAUCAGAUCAAAGCUUCCAUACGAGAUCAAGAAAAUGAUAUACCGACAUCUGAUUCCUGAUUUUGAGCCAAUCGACAUUACCAGAUCCGAGAAUCGGGUAGCUCCAGCAUACUAUACCGACCCACACGCUGAGUUCGACUACUGGAGGCUUACGCCUUUUGUAUAUCCUACAGACAAUGUAUACGACGCUGUUCCGUGCAUGAAUGCGCAAAAGUUCGUGGAGAAUAUCCUUCUCGAUCCUAAUCACACGGCACGCCUCCAUACUCUGGAUCCACCUAAGCAAAUCACGUUUGAGGUUCUGAUCGGGUGGGACUUUGAUCCUGUGUUCUUGCCUCAAAUCUCUCUGGGCAAUGUGGAAUCACUUUUCGACUUUCUUCACGUCUUGGGUGGCAAUAUCAAUCACGUCAAGCUCAAGUUCAUGUUCAAAGACACCAGAGUAGCUUACGAUACUUCUCCUUCAUCCAAGAAGGAGAUCGCACCCGAUAAUAGAGGACGCCUUCGAAUCAUGAAAUCCAAGAUACUGGACUUACUCCAAACAGCCAUGAACAGAUAUCGUGCCCUUCUAGAAACACCAUCCACCGUCUCACCCAUGCAAAAAUGGGGCCGCUACCUCGAUUUCCAACAUGCGACUGAUGUCACCACAACAGAUCAGGAGAAAUACAAGCAAGUCAGAGUAUGGAUGGCAGAUUCUUGCUCGGAUCUUCUUGACGAUAUGUGGAAUAGUGGGUAUGGCCGCAGAGCUGGAUUUAUCAAGUGUCAUAUGUUGGAGGCUUUUAGGAUGCCCCAGGAGUAUUAUGAUCGGGAUGCUAUGGUCGUGUUGUAUCGCCAGAAUAUGGGGAUACCGUGUUUGCCGUUGAACAAGAGUCUUUAUUUCCCGUAG